AGACACCGUCUUCGCUCCACCUCUCGCCGCCAACGUUUCGUCGUCUUCUUCUCCUGUUGCUGUGGUUGUAUUGGAAUCGUCUUGAUCGGCCAUGCCGCAAGUAAAAGAUCUUGAAGCCCUCGUGUGUGGCGGCGGGGAAACCAAGGUGGCCUGCGAGACCCAGAUCGGGGCCGAUGACCCGGACCUCCCGCCGGAGUCUAUCUUGGUGCGGAUCGGCAGCGGACGCGAGCUGUUCUGGGCAGAGGUGGGCGGCGCCGCCGUCUACGAGCGCGACGACUCGACCAAGGGGAACACGAACCCGAAGGCGCAGGCGCAGCAGCAGCACGCCAACCCCGCCUCCAGGCCCCGAUCCAAUUCGCAGCGUUUCUCCGGCGGCCUCCAGGCGAAGCCCCCCAUCAUCGGAAUCCCCGGGAAGAUCCAGCACCACUCCGGGUACCUCGGCCGCAGCGGCCGCCGUCCCGCCAACGCCCCCAUCUUCCCCAAGAAACCUCCUCGCCCCGACCGCGGCGGAGAGGGCCGCAAGUCCGCGCUGCCCGACGAAGAGCCGGGUUCGCCCAAGGUGUCCUGCAUCGGAAAGGUCCUGUCCGAGAGGGAACGGGACCGGUACCGGAGGCAGUGCCGCGGACCGCCGGAGCAAGAGGAGGAGGCGGCGGCACCUUCCGGCUGUUGGGCGAUGUUCUUCUGCGGUGGGACAAAGCAGCGGCGUAGGAGCGCCGCGUCGGAGACCGUGCCGGUGGAUUCGCCGGCCAAGGCGGCGGUGGAUAGGAGGACGGCGGCGGAGCCACGGCGGUUGGAGGUGCCGGGGCUAGGAUCGAUGAUGCGGUUCGCGUCGGGGCGGCGGCCGGCGUCGUGGGGCGGGGACGGGGACGUGUCGGUCGACCUGGGGCCGUUGGAUGGGGAGGCGACGGAGCUGGGCGGGCGGCGGUCGUUGGGGUCGCGGGAAGACGCGGAGCGGUAGCGGUAAUACCGGCCUCUCCCUCGCAGGAUUCUGAUGCUGUUUCUGUUUCUGUUUCUGUUUCUGUUUCUGUUUCUCUCUACGCCCCGCACGCAAUGGUUGAUACGUAGUGCUGUUUUUGUUUUCUGUUUUUGUUGUGUGCUUUUGGUUUGUUGUUGUUGUCCCCUAUUUCGGCGGUAUUUAGUGUGGGGGGGGAUUGUAAAUACGCGGACAGACGCGUGGCUUCCCCUGUUUUGCUGCUUGCUUCAUGUAAUAUAAUGAUACUUGUCUCAAUCUUACAUUUGUUGGGAGUUUCUUUUUA